GACACCUGGGGAAGUUGUCUACUUUCACAAAUCGUUCUGCACCGGCGCACAACUGGGCUUCAAUAUGUUGUGGACAUAAGGAACCUCAUGUUGAUAAUAAGGGGAUGUACAGUAUCGAUUCGCACUUGACUGUAAAUAAAUAUGUUGUAGGCUAAACGCACGGAUUGUUAUGCGUUACCAUGGCUUUGUCGGAACUCUAUACGAAGUACAACAGAGUGUGGAUACCGGAUGCAGAGCAUGUCUGGAAGUCAGCAGAGAUCCUGAGAGACUUCAAACCUGGAGAAGAGGCUUUAGAACUGCAGCUUGAGGAUGGCACUGAGAUGGUGUACCCCCUGGACAAAUCCAGUCCUCAGCUCCCUCACCUCCGCAACCCUAAUAUCCUGGUGGGAUCGAAUGACCUGACAGCUCUCAGCUAUCUCCACGAACCUGCCGUACUACACAAUCUCAAAGUGCGCUUCGUGGAGUCCAACAUCAUCUACAGCUACUGUGGAAUCAUCCUGGUGGCUGUCAACCCAUACAAGCAGCUUCACAUCUAUGGAGAUGCAGUCAUUCAGGCGUACUCUGGACAGAACAUGGGAGCUAUGGACCCUCACAUAUUCGCUGUGGCAGAGGAGGCUUACAAACAGAUGGCCAGGAACAAUAAGAACCAGUCUGUUAUAGUGAGUGGUGAGUCUGGAGCGGGGAAGACUGUGUCUGCUAGGUAUGUCAUGAGGUACUUCGCUAUGGUCAGCAAGUCUGGCAGCAGAACACGUGUGGAAGACAAAGUUCUGGCAUCCAAUCCAAUAACUGAGGCUAUAGGAAAUGCCAAGACGACCAGGAACGACAACAGCAGUCGCUUUGGGAAGUACACAGAGAUCAGCUUCGACAGGAGAUAUCAGAUCAUCGGGGCCAACAUGAGGACGUAUCUCCUGGAGAAAUCUAGAGUGGUUUCCCAGUCAGAGAACGAGAGAAACUACCACAUCUUCUACCAGAUGUGUGCCUGUGCAGAGCAGUCUGAGUUCAAGAGCCUGAGAUUGUUGAGUGCAGAGGAGUUCAGGUACACCUGUAUGGGCAGGGAGACGCGUAUCGAGGGGGUGGACGACAGGAAGGACAUGGAAGAGACACGCAGGACCUUCUCGCUGUUGGGGUUAACGGAGGACUUCCAGUCGGAUGUGUUCAAGGUGCUGGCUGGGAUUCUACACCUGGGGAAUGUAGAGAUCAGAGACGUCGGAUCAGACAGAUCAUCAGUUAGUGUAAGCAGUACUCAGAUUUGACUUUGGUUUAAGUUUUACUAAGGGUUUGACUUGAGCUAGACUGACUACUUCAGAUAAGAUGGAUCAUAUUUGUCUAUUUUUACAGAAUAAUAACCCUGGUUCUCUCUCUCUCUCUCAAAUUCAAAUUUUUUUUUUUUUCAAAUUCAAGCUGCUUUAUUGGCAUGAAAAACAUUGUGUCAAUAUUGCCAAAGCAACAAUGUAUACAAUAUACAUUGUAAUACAAUUAAAACAAUGACAAAUAAUAAUAAUAUAGAAUUUCAGUAAAUAAUAAUACAAAAUUAAAUAUAAAAAUAGUAACAAUAAAAUGGUAACAGUCAAUAGUCGAAUGUAAUGUAUGGUGUAAUGCACCACUACCACCACCACCAUCAUUAAACUGCUAUCAUUACCAAUACCACCCAUACCAUUACUAUUUGGAAUGAUAAACAAUAAUAAUAAUACUAAUAACAAUAACAGUAAUAACAAUAACAUUCCUAAUAAGUAAGUUACUGCUUACUAUGCAGAUGUUAUUAUUCAGUGUCCCUCAGGCUAUGGCAGGCAAAUACAUAUUUGGCUGCAAGAGAAGCCAUUGCUCCUUCGCCCAUGAGUAUUUUUAGUUUUUCCUCUGGGUUUAAUAAGUAAAAAUUUGGAAUAAAUGUAGUCAUUUCUGUGAAUAAUGAAUCUCUUGGUGAGGAAUAUUUAUCACAGUAAAGGAGAAAGUGCAUCUCUGUUUCAACCUCCCCUGUCGUGCAGUGACCACAUACACGCUCCUCUUUGGGUAGCCAUGUCUUUUUAUGUCUGCCGGUUUCUAUUGCCAAUCGGUGGUCACUCAGCCUGUACUUGGUAAGGAUCUGUCUCUGCUUCGAAUCUCUGACAGAGUAGAGAUAUUCAGCCAAUUCAUAUUCUCUGUUUAGGGUCAGAUAGCAAUUUAGUCGGCUUUGGGAUUUUGUUUCGUUUUUCCAAUGUUGUAAAUAUGAGUCCUUUGAUUGGUUCAUGAUUUUGUUUAUUGGAAUUCUUUCUUUUGAAGCAGUGCUGGUGUCAGCUUGGUUGGUUAGGUCCAACACCAGCUGACUGAGAGGGCUCGUUUCUGGGCUCAGCUCUUGGGUUUGAAGUGCUUUAAAUUGCAGACUCGAAUUUGGACUUGAAUUUAGAUGUAGCCAAAAUUUUAAUGAUCUUUUCUGUAUUUUCAUUAUUACUGGAAAGCGGCCCAAUUCUGCCCUACAUGCAUUAGUUGGUGUAUUUCUCUGGACUUGUAGGAUUUUCCGACAGAAUUCUGCAUGUAAGGUUUCAAUUGGAUGUUUGUCCCACAUUUUAAAGUCCAGUUUAUUGAGUGGCCCCCAAAC